AUGUCGUCCUCAUCUAGCUCGAAAGUUUUUCUUGCUCUCCGUUGUGUGGUCGGCGAAUUCUUGGUUACAUUUAUCUUUCUGUCAGUCGUUUAUGCAAUGCUUAUCAACACCAGUCGUGCCACGGAUCCCGUCAUUGCUGGCACAGUGAUCCCAGGAUUGGUCGUUUCGAUGGUUGCAACCGCCAUCAUAUAUUCCUUUGCAGAUGUUUCUGGGGCCCAUUUCAACCCAGCAGUGACCAUGGGAUUCAUCAUUUCUGGCAAGAUGCAUCCAGUCAAGGGCGUUGCAUAUAUACUAGCGCAGCUAAGUGCUUCAAUUGCCGCCGCUGCGUUUAUGUUCCUCAUUUUCCCGAACAAUGUUGCCGGCUGGCCAAAGAUCGCCCAGGUGAUUCCCGCAGUGCCGCCAAAAUCCUCACCCCUUGCCACUGUUUUGAUGAUGGAAUUUUAUUUGACUUUUCUGCUUGUUUAUGUGAUAUUUGCAACUGCGGUAGAUAUCCCUGCUCCGCCCGCUCUUCGUCGCCUCAAGAACCAUUUUGCUCCAAUUGCUAUUGGUCUCACUCUUGGCUUCCUGUGCUACCUUGGAGGCUCCUCUUCUGGGGGUGCUUUUAAUCCUGCCCGUGUGUUUGGCGCUUCUGUAAUUUCUGGCAACUUUUCGUCACACUGGGUCUACUGGGUCGGAGACUUGCUUGGCGGAUCAUUUGCCGCCCUUUUGCAUACCUUUGUCUUUGCCAGAAAAAUCGGAAUCCUGUCUCCCUAA